AUGUACUCCCUGUUCACCCACGACUGUGUGGCCAUGCACGACUCCAACACCAUCAUCAAGUUUGCUGAUGAAAUGACGGUGCUAGGCCUGAUCACAAAAGUGACAAGUCAGCAGGGAGGAGGUCAGAGACCUCCUCCCAACAUCCGUAAGACCAGUGAGCUGAUCGUGGACUAUAGGAGAAAGAGGGGAGACAGGGCUGUUGUGGAAUCCUCGAAAAGUUCUACAGCGGCACCAGAGAGCAUCUUGACUUACUGGAUCACCACUUGGCAUGGCAAAUGCACCACCCUUGACCGCAAAGUGUUACAGAGGGUGUUGCGGACAGACCAGUACAUCAUUGGGGUGGAGCUCCCUGCCAUCCAGGACCUUUAUAUCAUGCGGUCAGAGAAUGUCCCCGAAAAAUGCCAAAGACUCCAGCCACCCAAGCCAUUCCAGGAAGAGCUAUUCUCCUCAGGUCUUCGAGACUGUGAGGCCAACCUGACUAGGGUCAAAGAUCUCCUGGCAACCAUCCAAGCAAAAUCAUGUUGUCCUGGCUGGGAGUUCUACAAUGGAUCAUGCUACUACUUCUCUAUAGGCAAACGGACCUGGGAACAGAGUCAGCAUGCCUGCAUCCGUGACGGAGGACACCUGGUCAUUGUAGAGAGUCAGCAGGAGCAGGAGUUUAUAAUCAAAAUAUUUGUGAGAAACACUGAUUUUGAUAACAGCCCCUGGAUUGGACUGACAGACAAGAAGCAAGAGGGAGUGUGGGUCUGGAUGGACAAUACAACUCUUGAUGACAGCAUCAAGUUCUGGGACCCAAACACUGAAACAUUUUCAACACUUCCAGAACCAAAUAACUGGGCGCCAGGUGAAGACUGUGCCCGAAUGGGUCAAAGAUGUUCCAGUCGGCUCCAAUGUUGGUUUGACUAUUCAUGUGACCUACCAUGUCGGAGAAUCUGUGAGAGUCGUGCAGUCUUAUCUGAGUCUAUGGGUCAAGUCUUAGUCAAUGUCACAUCAGGGGUCUUUGAGAGGGAUGCAGGGGUAGUUUAG